AGGACGUCAGCAGACAGUGUUGGGCCGCGGCUGCUGUAUUCCUUCGACUCUGUUCACCUCCAUUCACACAGUAAAUAAAAGCAUGGAGGCUCUGACUCUCGGGAUCUAACAUCGAGCAGCGGGGGGUAACGACACCGCCGCAUGCGCUCUACCUUUCGGCUAAACGCACAGGACGGAGGCGGGGAAGCGGCGAACGCUUCGCCCGGUGGAUUUAACUCGUUUUUCUGCGGAAGGGAGGAUUGUAGUCGGCGCUAAGAGCGGGGCAGUCCGCCGUGCCGAGCAUGAAGCGGACGGCUGGAGUGGCCAGGCACAAUGGCCUCGUCUCUCCGCUGGGGAACAACAACUCCGGAGCUUCGAGCAUCGUAUCACCGCACAGAGCCGCUAGCAUCCCCGCUUCUGCCGACAGCGGUGCCGGCGGUGGGAUGGACGGCCUGGUGGAUUUCUCCAAAGGCCCCGUCGUCAAAACCGAACUGGUGUGCAAAUGGAUUGACCGAACUUCUUCGAGACAGAGGCUCGGGCGGACGGCGACGUCCGUCUGCGACCAAACUUUCAGCUCCAUGCACGAGCUGGUGGACCACGUCACCACCGAGCAUGUAGCCGCGGGGCUGGAGAGCCUCAGUCACGUCUGCAUGUGGGACGAGUGCCUGCGCGGCGGGAAGGCGUUCAAAGCCAAAUACAAACUCAUCAACCACAUCCGCGUGCACACCGGAGAGAAGCCGUUUUCAUGCGCGUUUCCCAACUGCGGCAAGAUGUUCGCACGCUCCGAGAACCUCAAGAUCCACACGCGCACGCACACUGGUGAGAAGCCAUUCCAGUGUGAGUUUUGCGAGCGACGCUUCGCCAACAGCAGCGACCGGAAGAAGCACUCACAGGUCCACACAGCGUCUAAGCCCUACGACUGCAAGGCGCUUGGUUGCACCAAGUCCUACACCCACCCCAGUUCCCUGCGCAAACACAUGAAGGUUCACGUCAAGAUGUCACCUACCUCUGAACCCCAUGACCCAUAUGACUCCAUCCCUCAUCAACUACAACAACCUCAUCAGGCUCUCCUCGAGCCCCUCAACCUUAAAAUGAACCGUCUCUCUCCAUCACUUGCCAACAGAAAUGCAGAAUUUCCACUUCUGACUAAUCACGAACUGGGUAUUAGCUCAGCCAGCGAAGUGGACCAUAAGUUGCUGCUGCGAAGUUCGUCCCCAAUGGCAAUGCCUCUGGAUCUGUCUUUGUCGGGCCUGAAAAGUCAGCUGGCCCAGAAGCAGCAGAGUGGAAGGACCCCACGUAGGAGCCAGCGCUCAGUCAACCCAGCCUUACCUCAGUUGUCUAACAUUAAAGAGUGGUAUGUCUGUACCAGGACUACAGCACCACACUUUCCUCUUCUUCACCCAGACCACAUCAAAUCAGAACCUAGUGAUGACGAGGAGUACGUCACGUAGGAUGGAGGGACUGGUGAAACUGAAGGUUCACAACAGACCUCAUACGUUGUCAGACCCAGGUCAGGUCAAAUGAUGCUCUGUGGAAUCAUAGUUUCUGUUAUUUUCUAGAACCAGUAGUUGUAUGGUUCAGCAUCAGUGGCACUUCUAAAACGCAGGAGGGUGUGAUCCGAUGGAUGGCUGUUCCUCCAUUUCAGAUACAGAACUCGGCUCAGACAUCGUCACCAUCUGUGGACCAAAAGGAAUGGCUCAGAAAUGCCGCAAGGGACAAGAAGAAUUCUAUCACUAUGAUGAUCAAACUAAACGUCUAACAAAUAAUUGAAAGUUAUCUAAUCAGUGUUAGCUAGCUAACCUGAACUAACAAAGGGGAUUAUUUUGUACAAAUGAACCAGAGAAUGUUGGUGACUGUUGUGCUUGCUGUUAAAGAAUAUAAAGAGAGUGUGUGUGUACAUCAUGACCCCUCUACAGAGACAGAUUUUUGACCAAUUUAUCUUCGACAUCCACCUAGAUGAAGCAAUCUCAAGGGCUAAAUUGACACAGAUGGAACGUGGGUAUUGUGAAUCUGAGCUCACAAUAUUAUUGUACAAAUGGUAAUAGACCGGGUGAGUGUAUGCCUGUGAAGGCCUCAGUAGGCUUUAAGCAAACUAUGUGGUACAAUGUGAGAAAGUUACAAAGUCUGUUGGAGGCAGCUCACUGUGCUGUCAGAAAUUGUGUCUCAGAUCCUGUUUGGCAAUCUGACAAGCACUUUGUUUGACGCAAACUGAGGCCUUCACUUAUAAACCCUUGGUAGUAACUUGCUCAAAGUGUAUUAUGUCACCACAGUCUAAUCUAACACAGCAUCCAGCAGUAAAACUGGAGAUUUAAGACAGUGGGAUCCCCUUUGUACUGAUCAAGUGUCUCCUUAACCUCUUCAACUCUAUGGACCUUUCAGAAAGUUCAUCAUGGAUUAAUGUUUACACUCCACUUUCAAUUAAGGUCCCCAAGGUUUCCAAAAUGACCAUGUAUGUCAUACACAUAUUCCUUUAACAAAAAUGUGUAUUAAAUGAUGCACAAACCAUCUAGUAUUUUUCCUUUGAUCAAACAUGCAGCCAUAAAAAGUAGCAGCUCGGAUUUCAAUAUUCCUUCAAUGUAAGCAUCCUGUAAUGUCAAUGGGUCAAGAAAGUGCAAUGUAUUGUCUAAGAUUGUGGUGGAAGUUGAAAAAACUUAUAAUUUAUUAUUUGAAGAGAUCACUUUAAAUGCUUGAUAAGUGAGUCAUGUGCAUUAUCCAUCCACUAGUAGGUCAUUUCAAGCUGGAUUUGAUCCAGGGAUGUAAGGAAAUCUAUCUGAAGCAGAUUAAUUAAACAAUGAAGCAGAAUAUAAAUGCUAUUUCAAGGGAACACUACUGGUGUAUUACCAGUCAGGUCGAAGGGGUACGAGGGGUUUAAACAAAUUAUCACAAGCGAAUUAAUUUGGAAGUCAAGAGCAGAGAGGGUACGUGGACAUUUUUAAGUGCAGGUUUUGCAAGUAAGGGUAGAUCUGUGUCAUGGAUGUUUUGAUUCUAAAGAGCAAUGCAAUCUACUCGAGCAGCUUGCAUCAAUUGACAUGGUUGGCGAGGUGGAACAGUGGGCUGCACUUUCACAACUAAAGGGUCAAGGGUUUGAAUUCUCCAGCUGGGGCCUUUUUGAGUGGAGUUCCAAACAUAUGCAUACUGAAUUACCCAUGAAUGGUUGUUUGUCCGUUUAUAGCCCAAUGCUGGACUGGUGUACCAUACCUUUCACCCAAGGUGAGGGAUCGGCUCCAGCUCUCUGUGACCCUGUCAACAAUAGGCUGGUAUAGAUAAAGGAGGGAUGGAUGCCAUGUGCUUGUAACUACAACAGCUCAAUAAAAUCCUUUGCAUUUGACCUGGAAGUUUCAUUACAUGCUUCCUUCUAAAUUGCAUUUGAUAAGAAGUAAAGAGCCACGUAUGGAAAACAAUAUCCAGUGCUCAGAGUACAUUCACUGAACCACUGGUUUGUCUUUAUGAAAUAUAGGAGGCAGAUGACCCAUUGUACUUCUGUGGAUAUCAUCCUGUAACCCUUUAAUGUUCCACCUCUAACACCAUGACCCCAUGAUAAAGCAACACAAAAUCAUAAUCACCGUGUAACUAAAUGAGUGAAUACGAAAGGAAAAACAAUUCAUUACACUGAACUAAGCUUCCUGCCCUUGUUGUUGAAUAGUGACAAUGAAAUCAACCAUUUUAUCAACCAUCCAAGAAGGGUUGAAUAAAGGGCAACUGUGUCUGUUGUGGAUACCUAAAGAUUUUCAUCCCUCAUCCAAGAGGCUUCCUCAGUUCUGACUGAUUGGUGAUGAGUUUAGGUAUUCAACCUCUGCGGGGAAUGUUAUCAAGGCCUUUACAGUCAUUAGAGUCAUUGGGGUCACAGCAGGCCAAGUGUAAUCGACAGUUGGAGUUUUUGGAGUCACAUGAGGCGAAGUGGGAAUCUCCAGGGAAGGGAUGAAAGAGCAGCAUUGUUGGUUUGAAAUAAGUGUUGUUGUAGACCUCCUCCCCUGUUAAAGGAAUCUAUAUACAAUAUGAACAUUGUUGUUGUCAGAGGAGUGUACCUUAUCCUUUGGGUGUAGGUAAACUGCUGGUGCCCUCCUUUGUUGAGCUUGCAUGUAUUUAAGGGUUGUUCAGUCUCACCAAAAAUACAGGUCCGCGCAUUCCUCACUGCAAUGGACUGUAUAUACCAGAUUGCUUUUCUUGUCUCCGGAUGUGUGGUUUUUGAGUUUUUAUUUUGUGUGAAAAACAGGGAUGUGAUGAUAUUUUUUUAAAAGAUUCCCCUGAGGUUCUAAGAUUCCUCUUUUCAGUGUUGUGUUCUCCCCUUACUCAACCCUUCCUGGUUAAGCAUGGCCUGGAUGACUGAGAAACUCCAUAGACAUUUUUUUACUGUACAGUAAUUUGAUUCUUUAAACAGAUUUCUGAAAACAGGUGAGAAGACUUUGUCUGUCUUUACAAUGACAACAAGGCUCAUAAGGCUUAAAGAGAACAAUACUUUAAUGAUGAGUUAAGUGUAAGUUCAGGAGAUUUUUCUCAAAUAUGACUGAAGAUCAUCUGAUACAAAUUGCCAGCUUUCAGGCACAUCUGCAACAAUUUAGACCAAGAGAAGUUCCAGACAAAGCUGAGAUAACAUUGGUUUUGUUGCACUACUGUUCCACUAACUGAACUACUCAGUGUAGUCAGGGUCUCCACAUAAUUCAAGCCAACUAAAUGAAUCCAUGUUUAGAUUUGUGAUUAAUUAAUAUCAGACAUGAAGUGGAUAUGCACUACCAGCUCGGACUGCUUUACACCAAGGUGCUUUUAAAAUUAGCAUAAACUGAUUUUUCACCAAGGACCAAUCUUUAAUCUCCAGGACUGACCCCUGUGACACAAUUGUACCCCAAACCUGUUGACCUGUGAUAUCUUAUGUCCAUCAUAUUAACUAGAAAAGGCAUUGGAUACAGGUCAGACUGUGUAUUUGCACCUAAACCAGCACUCAAGACUUUAUGAGUGUCGUGAAUUUUGGUGUCAGACUUUUAAUGUGAAGGAACCAGCCAUUCUACUUAAGAUUAAAAGUCAGAGCUGUAAACAGACUGAACCAGCAGUAUGUAAGGUAACAAGUACAUGUUUUGUUUUUGUUUUUUCUAUUAAUAUUAUAAAGAGGAUUGAGGCUAAGCUACUGGUUGGAGGUGCUGGCUCAAGUCUCAAGGUCAUUUAACAGUGAGUAAAAUUGCAUUUUUCAUGCACAUCCACUGGUUUACUGCAUGAGUCAUGUGCAGUCUUCAAAGAGCAAUACAAAAAAAUAUGUGAUGAAUUUCUCAUGAAUUUUCUCAUGCACAAGAAAAUGUAAUUUGUUAAAUAAAUCAUUUAAACCUUAA